AUGGAUACGCGGCAAGAUAGAACCUCCCAUCAGACUGGGGUUGAUGAUAUACCCUAUACGGAGCUCUACCUCCGUAUCCAAAGCUACCUUCAAACAGAUCUUGGUAGACUCAAGUACUUCCUUGGCAUUGAAGUUCUUGACACUAAAGAAGGAAUUUGCUUGAGUCAAAGAAAAUACUGCCUUGAGGUGUUAAAUGAGUUUGGAUUGCUAGGCUACAAACCCCCACAAACACCUCUUGAACAGAACAUGACCAUCUUUGUUAAAGAAUCCGAGGAUGAUAAAUUACUUGGCAAUAUUACUGAGUAUCAAAAACUUAUUGGAAAAUUGAUUUACCUGACCUUAACCAGGCCUGAUAUAUCUAAUGUUGUUCAAUGCUUAAGUCAAUUCAUGCAUUCUCCCUUAGAGUCUCAUUUAAAAUGGGCUUUUAGGAUACUUAGGUAUCUAAAUGGUGCUCCUGGGAAGGGGAUUCACAUUAAACAAAGUGAUACUCUCACUUUAAGAGCCUAUGUUGAUUCAGAUUGGGGGAGAUGUUUAAACUCUAAGAGAUCUGUGACAGGAUAUUGUGUGUAUUUGGGGAAUUCUCUUGUAUCAUGGAGAAGCAAGAAACAGAAUAUAGAGCAAUGGCCUCUAUCACUUGUGAAAUUCUUUGGUUAA